CUGAACUUUGCCGUGAAUGUUUACAACCGUGUCUUCCCGCGUCUUGGCUGAACAGCAAGUUAGCGAGCGCCGGCAGCUGUAUGUGGCUCAUUAGUGAGUGUGGACGAUGAUUAAAACGGAGAGAGUGCUGCAUUUGAAAAGCUGCGUGGGGCGGAAGCUCCGAGUGGUCCGGGAACACUAUCUGAGAGAGCGGGUCCCCUGCUGCAGCUCACUGUGUCAGGCCGACUGUGUAAAUGAUGGAAAGCUGCUGCCCGGAGAUUUGACCCACUAUGUGGUGCCUGAUGUUGCUGUCGUGGUCGACUACCUGGAGAUCUUGGAGUUCAGAGAGCUGCAGGGCAUCAUCUUCACCCAGACUGCUUGCCAGGCUCUACAGAGCAAGAAUCGCAGAUAUUACAAGCGGCUGCAAACCCUUGUCAAAGACCCUCGACACGACUGCGUGCUGUUUGCCAAUGAAUUUCAGAAGUACUCUUACUGUCCACGAGAGAAGGGCGAGAGCCAGGAAAAAUGGCAGACCAGGUGUGUGUACUCAGCUGCAGUGUGGUACUACAACCACCUGGCAGGAAUGAUGAAUAUAGUGAUGAUCACUGAGGAUCCUGAGGCCGUAGCUCAGUUCAGCAGCCUGACGUCUGGAGUGUACGUCAUCUCCGUCCAGGAUUAUUUGCAAAGCUUCUGGUCAGAUCUGCAGGCAGCCCAUGAACUGUUUAGCUCCAUUUCUCAGGCACAACAAGAGACAGAGGGCGACGAUGGGGAGAAAGAGUUUCCCGAACAUCUUCCCGCUGAAGUCCUGGAGGCUGGUAUAAAGUCUGAACGUUACAUUCAGAGUACACUGAAUGUUAACAAGCAUCGGGCACAGAACGAGGCUUUCGUCAGGCCGAAGAACUUCUCAACCAAGAGCACAGGUGAAAACGCCUUACAUUUUCAAAACAGCGUGCAUGGGGACGAGGUUGUGGUGGAGUUGUUGCCCAAAACGAGUGGAGAGGGAGGGACACAGCCCUGACUGAUGGGAUGAAAAACUGGAGAGGACAAUGAGAGUACACCUCUGCCAACAGGUCGUAUUGUAGGGAUCCUGCAGAGGAACUGGAGAGACUACGUGGUAACUUUCCCCACUAGGGAUGGGAUUCAGUCCCAGAGCAGGAAUUCCCAGCGGAUACUGACCAUACCUUACCAGCGUAUUCCUAAAAUCCGCAUCAGUACUCAACAGGCUGAAGCUCUGCAGGACCACAGAGUUGUGGUGCGCAUUGAUUCAUGGGAAAGCACGUCAUUCUAUCCCAACGGCCAUAGUGUACGGGUUUUGGGUCGAGCUGGAGAGCUUGAGACUGAGGUCCAGACCAUCCUCCUAGAGAACUGCAUCCAUAUUCUUCCUUUCUCAGACGCACAGCUGAGAGAGAUGCCGGUCAACUCUCUGGAGAAGCCGUGGACGGUAGACCCCUCUGAGGUGGCAGAGCGGCGGGAUCUUAGGGACAGUCGCCUGGUGUUCAGCAUCGAUCCACGCGGCUGUGAAGAUGUAGACGACACGCUGUCUGUACACAAGCUCCCCAACAGAAGGCUGGAGCUGGGAGUUCACAUUGCUGAUGUCACUCACUUUGUCAAAGAGGGUUCGCUCACAGACUUGGAGGCACGUUCAAGGGCUACAACCUACUACCUGGCAGACCGCAGGUACGACAUGCUGCCUGCUAUUCUCAGCGCAGACCUUUGCUCACUGCUGGGAGGUGCUGACAGGUAUGCAAUGAGCGUGCUUUGGGAGCUUGACGCAGAAUCCCUUGAAGUCCAAGAGGUCUGGUAUGGUCGUACACUCAUCCGCUCCUCCUAUCAGCUCCACUACGAGCUGGCUCAGGCGCUCCUCAACGGAGAACAGGUUGAGGUAGCGGAACUGGCCAACCUGGGUCCUCAGGAAAAGGGUUCUAAGCUAGCUCAACUCACUGAGGCACUUGAGAUGCUCACACAUGUAGCCAGACAUCUUCGGGCAAAGAGGGACAGAGGAGGAGCGCUGGAGCUGGAAGGAGUGGAGUAUGAUUGGUUUCUUGUGGGUGCCCAGCUGGAUGAGGAGAGGAACAUUACGGCCCUGGUCCCUCGUCAGCCCCUGGAGGUCCAUGAGACCGUGGCAGAGUGCAUGAUUUACGCCAACCACUGGGUGGCCCGCAGAUCCAGGAAGCUUUCCCCAACCAGGCCUCUAAGGUGUCACCACACCACAACAGAGCUAUUCAACCAGCUGGUGGACACUGCAAAGGCCAAAGGUUUCACCAUUGACACCAGGUCCAACAAGGCUUUAGCUGCUCACUGGACCGAGCUGUGGACCACAGGACCCUUGGUGAACAGGUUGUUCAGAAUGAUGGCCACUGCUAUGUCACAGGCUCUGUACUUCUCCACUGGUGCUCAUCCUCAAGACCAAUACUACCAUUAUGGUACGAUACCGUCUGGCUUGGAUCGCUACACACACUUUACCUCACUCCGUCGGUACGCAGACAUUGUCGUGCACCGCCUUCUUACCGCAGCCCUGCACAUGCAGAGGGCGUUGUAUUGGUAAGCACCAGCCAGUAACAAAGAAGUGGAGGAAAUGGCUCACCAUGUCAACAGCAAGAACAGGGUCAGGGGCAGCCAAAUGCGAUCCACAGCACUGUUUCAGUGUCUGUUUUUCAGAGAACGAGACCCUCAGACAGACCCGUGCUGUGUGGCUGACGCUGUUGUCUACUCCAUUCGAGACAACGGUGUCUUGGUGUUUAUCCAGAGUAAGACCUUCAGUCCUGUGUAUGGUGUGAGGGGGCCUGUGUAUCUGAAGAACAAAGAGGUGGUGGUGGUAGCGGGACAGGACGGCAGCUGUGAUUGGCAGGGUGGCACUGUGCGAAAAUACCCGGACCGCAUUACCACCACCUCCAGCUGUGGCACCUCCACCUUCAAACUGUUUGACCACAUCACCGUUCGUAUUUCUGUCCACUCUUCAACUUGCCAUGCUGACCGUCUAAACCUCGAGGUCAUCAGCAACAAGCCUCACCACAGUGCAAAGUCCCAGCAGCCAGCUCAGGGCCGCAGUCAGCUGGUCAAAGAGGUGGUGCGUCAGAAUGAAGAGGCGCUGGCUCAGGAGAAGACAGCCCGGCGCCCCAAACUCUCCAAAGAGGAAAGAGAGUUUCGUCAGAGCAAAACUCCCAGUCUGUACUCUAUUCUGGAAGAAAUCAGAGAGUUGGCUCUGAUGGAUCUGGAAAGGGCUUCACGCCUCCCGGCAACAACAGCAUAGAAACGCUGUAGCCCAGCUUUACCUCCAAGCAGACACUUGUGAGAACUGCACGCUGUGCGCUAACAGAACGGUGAUCAUUGAAGAUCACUCGUGCUGAGUCAUCCAGGUCAUUCUUGUAGCUCCAGAUUGUGUGUGGACAAACCACACGAGUGUGUGAAGUCACAGGAAAGCAAACACAAUAUUAGCCCUUGGUAGCACCUAAAAACGUACCCCUUAUGAGUCCUAGAGCCAAAA